AUGCGUGGGAGAGAGCUUGCUGGGCACCCCUGCGGGGCGCCAGCUGGAGCUGCUCUGCGAUGCAAGGGCGCCGAGCACACCUGCAGGAUCAUGGCGGUGCCGCGCGUGCGCACGGGGCCCCCGCUGCGGUUCGCGAACCGGCCGAACCUGGGCGUGAGGUCCGAGCGCAGGGCGAGACAGGCCCCGCGGCGCGAGCACGUCGCGUGCGCGUCGUACGAGUUCGGCAGCGAUGAGUUCUGGGACAAGCAGGAGAGCCGGCGCACCAUGCGCGCGAAGAGACGCCCGGUCAAGAUGCCUGGCGACGACGACGAGAGCCCGCAAGACGACGACGGCUCAGACGCGGGCGGGAACGGGACCGGGUUCUUCGCGUGGGGUCGCGGCAAUCAGCAGCGCGGAGCGUCCAAGCGCGCGGCCCCCGAGGACCUGUUGCGCAACCGGGCUCUGCAGGACUGCGAGGACAGUGGCUGCGUCCUAGACCUGUACCUCGCGGAAGGCGACUUCUUCAACCAGGUCAACCGCGCCACCGCAGUCACCAGGCUCGCGUCCCUGGUGUCCACCGCGUCCGGCGUGCGCCGCUCCGGCCGCGGGGCCAGCCCUCCGCUGGCCCCCUCCGAACUGGUCGACCUCGUCGUGAGGAUCACGGACGAGGCCGUGGACGCGCGGAGGCGGGGCGACGACAUGCUCGGGACGCGCGAGAUCAUCAACCUGCUGUGGUCGCACGCCCGGCUGCACGAGACGCUCGCGGAACGCGGCGCGUGCGACGACGCCCUGGCCAGGCUGCGGGCGAGCGCGGGCGCCGUCGCGGGGCUCCUCGCGGGCCUGCGGAAGUCCGAGCUGGGCAGCGACAGGCCGCAGGGCUACAGCAACGCGCUCUGGGCGCUCGCGAAGCUCAACCUGCCCGCCGACGCGCCGCCAGACGAGAAGCAGAGACUGCUGCUCCUCGUCCGAGACCUCGUCCGCAUCCUCUCGAAACCGUCCAAGCUCCGCGCCUCGAGCUCCCACGCGCUCACCUCGGCGCUCUGGGCCAUCGCGGCGCUCAACGUCGACGGCCGCGUCGCCCCGGACCCCCUCCCGCUGGCGCAGGAAAUCGCGCGCGACCAAACGAAGCUCGCGACCUGCGACGCGCGGCAGGCCGCGAACGCCUGGUGGGCCCUCGCGACGCUCAACGCCGACCUGCGCGGCCUCGGGCCGGACUGGGCCGACCGCAUGCUGGACGUGUGGCGCCGCCACAGUGGGCAGGGCGCGCGCGACGUGACGCCGCAGGCGGUGUCGAGCCAGCUCUGGGCGCUCGGGCGGCUGCGGUGGUACCCCGGAGAGGACGUGCUCGCGAUCUUGGUGGACGCGGCGGUCGCGAGUCGCAGCGCGGCGACGCUCCAGGCGCUGACGAACGCGAUGCACGGCAUGGCGGUGCUCGGCCACGUGCCGCCGCCGAAGCAGCGCGACGCGCUGUUCCAGGAGGUGCAGAAGCGCGUCACGGCGCAGCCGGAGGACCUCGUGGUGCAGCCGAUGUGCAACCUGGUGUGGUCCGCCGCGCUGAUGCGCCACGAGGACCGCUCGUGGUGGCGGUUCGCGGCGCGCGUUGUCGAUGCGGGCGCGCUGGAUGCGCAGGACGCUGGGCUGGCGCAGGUGGCGCAGGCGGCGGCGCUGAGUGCCGAGGCGCGCAGGAACCUGCCUGCGAGCCUGCUCGAGGCCGCGACGCGUGCGUGGAACGCGGGCGUGAUGCGGCAGCGCGGCGGGGACGGGUGGGCAGCGGGGGGCGCAAGGCGGCUCAACACGCAGCACAGGGUGGUGUUCGGGCAGGUGCGGGCGGUGGUGCGGGGCCUGGGGUUCGAGCGGGAUCUCGUGGUGGAGCCGGAGUUUUUGGACGGGGGCGGCGAGGGGGCGGCCGAGGGGGGUGUGCCGCUACGCAGCGUGGACGUCGCGGUGAUCGGCGUGGAGGGCGGGGCGCUGGAGGGCGUGAAGAUCGCGGUGGAGGUCGACGGGGAGCCACAUUUCAUGAGGAACGACAUGCGGCGGCUCGUCGCGGCGACGGUGCUGCGGGACCGCGACCUGCAGCAGCGCGGGUGGAAGCUCGUGCGCGUGCCCUUCGUGCUGGACCUGUGCGGACUCCCGGGGGUGUUUUGGGGGGCGUUGCCGCGCGGACAGGGCGACGAAAUGAUGCGCGGGUGGCUGUCCACGGCGAUCGACGAGCAGCUCGCGGAGCAGCAGGCCGCGGCCGGCAGGGCGACCAGGCGGUGA